UCGGUCUAUCCUUCAGUCUGGAAACCUGUGAUGAGUUUUAAUAAUGGCGUGGCAACAGAGAGGGGCAGCUGCUCUCUGCCCAGGUCCGGGACUGGAAAACCACCUGUAAACAUCGACGAGGAAUUUAUCAGCAAUUAAAAAAAAAAUCUGUUUAAUGACUGUUAUAAUGUUACCUCACAGAGUAAAUCUCCGCUGAGAGCACGCUCUGUAAACUGUGUGAAACUACUGGAUUGUCGCUGGAAGCGGUCGGUCAUGUCGUUACUGUGCGUCAGAGUGAAGAAAGCCAAACUCCAGGGACCACCAGAUAAGUUCAACACCUAUGUGACGCUGAAAGUGCAAAAUGUUAAAAGCACAACUAUCACUGUGCGUGGGGACCAGCCCUGCUGGGAGCAAGAUUUCAUGUUUGAGAUCAACCGGCUGGACCUCGGCCUCAUUGUUGAGGUGUGGAACAAAGGUCUCAUCUGGGACACCAUGGUGGGGACUGCAUGGAUUCCAUUAAAAAGUGUCCGACAAUCAGAGGAGGAGGGCUCAGGUGAGUGGCUUUUCCUGGAUGCAGAGGUCCUGAUGAAAGCUGAUGAGAUAUAUGGCACGAAGAACCCGACGCCUCAUCGAGUCCUGCUAGAUACUCGUUUCGAACUGCCUUUUGAUAUCCCGGAUGAUGAGGCGCAGUAUUGGACUGGCAAACUUGAGCGCAUCAACAGAAUGGGAAUCCAUGAUGAGUACUCUCUUCAGGAAGAUGUUCAGAGUCACCCAUUGCCAUUUGCAGCUUCCCAGUGCUCCUUGGAUGACCAGGACAGUGCUGUAGAUGACCGGGAUAGCGAUUACCGCAGUGAGACCAGUAACAGUUUGCCUCCACGUUACCACACAACUGCUCAGCCCAACUCAUCUAUGCACCAGUACCCGAUGGGGCCUCGGCCACAGCAUCGCCCGGAUGGCUGCGCAGACUCUGUCCACAGUUUCGACCUGGACUACAGGGACCCAAGAGGAAGCAGUCCAGUGGAAAGUAGUCGCUUUGGGUCAUCAGGAAAUCUUAGCCAGACCAGCUCCCAGCUUAGUGAGACUGGCCACGAGAGCACUGGAGGAUCAGAACUGGAGGAGUCCUUCCACUCCUAUCAUAGUACUGGUUUUCACCCUUCUACCAAUGGGCAGCUACGCACAAAUGGCACAAAUCUCUCCAUCAAUGGACACUCUGUGGUCAGUGAGCGGGAGAUGGAUAGGCUGUCCCCUGACAAAAGACAGAACUUGAAAAGUGAUACUACAGCAGAGACAGGAUCCCCUAAACUCCACAGACCUAGUUUCCAUGAUGAUGGACCACCAUUACCCUUUUCCCAAUCCAGACUUCAUUGGAUGAAGGCCAUCACUAAAGUCAGAGUUCAACUGCGGGAGGUCAGAGAUGUUGAACCCAGUACUCGACAGGCAUGGGUCAAAACAGGUGGAGGCUCUGGUCUGUACGGAAUUGACAGUAUGCCAGACCUACGUAAAAAGAAGCCUAUCCCAUUGGUCAGCGAUGUGGCUAUGUCCCUUGUCCAAGCCAGGAAGGCAGGGAUCGCAUCUGCAAUGGCUGCUCGAUCAUCAAUUAAAGAUGAGGAGCUGAAAAAUCAUGUCUACAAGAAGACCCUGCAGGCUCUUAUCUACCCCAUAUCCUGCACCACACCACAUAACUUCGAGGUGUGGACAGCAACUACACCUACAUACUGCUAUGAGUGUGAGGGGCUCCUGUGGGGAAUCGCCCGGCAAGGCAUGCGUUGUUCUGAGUGUGGUGUCAAGUGCCAUGAAAAGUGCCAAGAAUUACUGAAUGCUGACUGUCUGCAGCGUGCGGCAGAGAAGAGCUCUAAGCAUGGAGCUGAAGACCGCACUCAAAAUAUCAUCAUGGCCAUGAAGGACAGGAUGAAGAUCAGGGAAAGGAACAAACCAGAAAUCUUUGAGCUGAUCAGGGAAGUGUUUGUCAUCAGCAAAGCCAUCCAUGCACAGCAGAUGAAAACCAUCAAACAAAGCGUAUUGGACGGGACGUCAAAGUGGUCAGCCAAGAUCACAAUCACAGUUGUUUGUGCACAAGGACUUCAGGCAAAAGACAAGACAGGAUCCAGUGAUCCGUAUGUCACUGUUCAGGUGGGCAAGACCAAGAAGAGAACAAAGACCAUCUAUGGCAACCUCAAUCCAGUCUGGGAGGAAAAGUUCCAUUUUGAGUGCCACAAUUCCUCAGACCGAAUCAAAGUGCGAGUGUGGGAUGAAGAUGACGACAUCAAGUCCAGAGUGAAGCAGCGUCUGAAGAGGGAAUCUGACGAUUUCCUGGGACAGAGCAUCAUUGAAGUCCGAACGCUGAGCGGAGAAAUGGAUGUCUGGUAUAACCUGGAGAAGAGGACAGACAAAUCAGCUGUGUCUGGUGCCAUUCGCCUCCAAAUCAACGUGGAGAUCAAAGGAGAGGAGAAAGUGGCUCCAUAUCACGUGCAGUACACUUGUUUGCAUGAGAACUUGUUCCAUCAUUCAACUGAUGUACUUGGUCAAGGUGUGGUAAAAAUUCCAGAGACUCGUGGAGACGAUUCUUGGAAAGUCUACUUUGAUGAUGUGGGACAGGAAGUAGUGGAUGAGUUUGCCAUGCGCUAUGGGAUUGAGUCCAUCUACCAGGCCAUGACGCACUUUGCCUGUCUGUCUUCUAAGUACAUGUGUCCUGGAGUCCCUGCAGUGAUGAGCACCCUGCUGGCCAAUAUCAAUGCCUUCUACGCCCACACAACAGCCUCCACCAAUGUGUCCGCCUCCGACCGCUUUGCUGCUUCUAAUUUUGGGAAAGAACGCUUUGUCAAGCUCUUAGACCAGCUGCACAACUCCUUACGCAUUGACCUUUCUAGUUAUAGGAAUCACUUCCCUGCCAGCAGCAAGGAUCGCCUGCAAGAUCUGAAAUCCACUGUGGACCUUCUAACCAGCAUUACCUUUUUCAGGAUGAAGGUCCAGGAGUUACAGUCUCCGCCCAGAGCCAGUCAAGUUGUAAGGGAUUGUGUCAAAGCUUGCCUCAACUCUACAUACGACUACAUUUUCAAUAACUGCCACGAGCUGUACAGCAGACAGUACCAGCCUGUGGACACGAACAAGGAGGAGCUUCCUCUGGAGGAGCAGGGUCCAAGCAUUAAGAAUUUGGACUUCUGGCCCAAACUCAUCAUGCUCAUUGUUUCCAUCAUUGAAGAAGACAGAAACUCCUACACACCUGUACUGAACCAGUUCCCUCAAGAACUUAAUGUAGGAAAGGUGUCAGCAGAGGUCAUGUGGACAUUGUUUGCACAGGACAUGAAGUAUGCUAUGGAAGAGCAUGAGAAGCACAGGCUGUGUAAGAGCACAGACUACAUGAACCUGCACUUCAAGGUCAAGUGGCUCUACAAUGAAUAUGUCAAGGAGCUGCCAGUCUUUAAGGGUGUUAUACCUGACUACCCAUCAUGGUUUGUGCAGUUUGUGCUACAGUGGUUGGACGAAAAUGAGGAAGUAUCUAUGGAAUUUAUGCACGGAGCCCUGGAAAGAGACAAAAAGGAUGGAUUCCAGCAGACAUCUGAGCAUGCUCUGUUCUCCUGCUCUGUGGUGGACAUCUUCACCCAGCUCAACCAGAGCUUUGAGAUUAUCAAGAAACUGGAAUGUCCUGAUCCGAGGGUCAUGGCUCAGUAUAGUCGCCGCUUUUCCAAGACAAUUGCCAAAGUUCUUCUGCAGUACAGUGCCAUGCUGACCAAGAAUUUUCCGUCUUAUAUUGACAAAGAGAAGAUUCCCUGUGUAUUAAUGAAUAAUGUUCAGCAGUUAAGAAUCCAGCUGGAAAAGAUGUUUGAGUCAAUGGGUGCCAAACAGAUGGACACAGAGGCUUGUGACUUGCUGAAUGACCUGCAGGUGAGGCUGAACAAUGUGCUGGAUGAUCUAAGUAGAACCUUUGGGAACAGUUUCCAGAUUCGCAUCAACGAGUGUAUGCGACAAAUGGCAUCUUUGCUGUACCAGAUCAAAGGACCGGUCAAUGCCAACAACAAAAACCAGGUAGAGGCUGACUCUGACAACAUGCUACGGCCACUCAUGGACUUCCUGGAUGGAAAACUGACACUGUUUGCUACUGUGUGUGAGAAGACUGUAUUGAAGCGUGUGCUCAAGGAGCUAUGGAGGAUUGUAAUGACCAGCCUGGAGAAGACUAUUGUCCUGCCACAGGGCAAUGAUACCUUUGGAGCACAGAUUCUCUCAGCUGCAAAAGAACUGGGUCAGCUCUCCAAACUCAAGGAUCACAUGGCAGGGGAGGCUAAAAGCCUGUCUCCCAGGCAGUGUGCUGUCAUGGAUGUGGCACUGGACACGAUUAAGCAAUAUUUCCAUGCAGGAGGGAACGGGCUGAAGAAGGCAUUCCUAGAGAAGAGUCCUGAGCUGUCCUCACUCCGCCACGCUCUGUCUCUCUAUACUCAGACAACAGACACACUCAUCAAGACGUUUGUGACCACACAGCAAGCACAAGGAUCAGGUGUGGACAAACCAAUUGGAGAGGUGUGUAUCCACAUUGAGCUUUACACUCAUCCAAAGAGUGGAGAGAGGAAAGUUACUGUUAAAGUUGUGGGGGCCAGUGACUUAAAAUGGCAGACGUCUGGCAUGUUCAGACCCUUUGUGGAGAUCACCAUGAUCGGUCCUCACCUCAGCGACAAGAAACGGAAGUUCCAGACCAAGUCCAAGAACAACAGCUGGUCUCCCAAGUUCAAUGAAACCUUCCAUUUUGUUCUGGGUAACCAAGAUGGCUUUGAGUGCUAUGAGUUGCAAGCAUGCGUCAAAGAUUAUUGUUUUGGUCGUGCCGACCGGGUGGUGGGUUUGGUCGUGCUGCAGUUAAGAGACAUCAUGGAGAAAGGCAACUGUGCCUGCUGGUGCCCUCUUGGACAACGCAUAUACAUGGACGACACAGGCCUCACUGCCUUGCGAAUCCUCUCUCAAAGGUCCAAUGAUGAUGUGGCCAAGGAAUUUGUGAGGUUGAAGUCAGAAACUCGAUCAGCAGAGGAGGGCAGAUGAGGAUAUCUGGAGAACAAGAGGGAAAACAAAAGGAUGGAAAAUCUUCUCAGAUUUUUAUUGUAGAUGACCAUGUGGACUCUUUCUUGGACCUUUGAUGUGUCUUAGCUGCUGUUGACUGUUUGGUAGUGGGUUGCCAUUUCUCUUACAUCACUGUUAUGUUCUCAUCUUGGUUUUUUUUGUUUGUUUGUUUUUUGACCAACAGUCACUUUGCAGUGUUCCUCAAACAUCCAUAUUAUUUGCUUUUCAGCAAACAGCCACAUUAACGCUGGCUCACUCAAGCUUCACACUCAACAGCUGUUUCACAGGUUAGUGACCACUUACCCAACUACUUAACCUUAUUUGUAGCUCCUUUGUCAUCAGCCGGAGCAGCACGGGGAGCAUGUCAUAGCCUCAAGGGAGCAGAUCAUGCUAGGUCCUGCUGAAGGGCCAAACAAAUCUCUGCACCUCCCUGGUGUUAUUGUGCAAUAACCCCACCUCACCCCCAAACUGUGGCCAAGUGUUUUAUGCCUUACACUCUGCAAACUGUGAAUAUGUGAAGUAAAAUAGGCUUUUAAAAACUGUAUUCUUUAUCUCCUUGGGUGAUGGUUUGGGUAAAUGUGAAACUACUAUGUUUUAUCUUAUAAAGGAGUGUUUUGUUUGAUGAAUGAACGAGCACUAGCUAGGAUACAAUCCUGGUCAAGUACUGACAUACUUUAUGAAAUGAAGGUACUUAAAGUAAUAAACCUUAAUUUUGCUAAUUUCACAGAUCAAUUUGAAGGAUUAAUUGGUUUAAUGUGUGCCUUGCCAUGUGAAGUUUCCAGCCCUAUCACCCUGGGAAAAGGAAUAGCUAAAUAUAAAACCUGAGGGAAUAAAAAUCAGUAACAAUAAGGUUGAGCUAAAAUCCUCAUGAAAAUUCACUGUGGAAGUUUAACAAGAGUGCUAUUUGAGCCAUAUUUAUUUAGCUCAUGUGGCCUAGUAUAACCAUGAUGGUGUAACCAUUUUAUUUAUUUUUUAUACAUAUUUAUUUUUGUGUUUCAAAACUUGUGAUGGAAUUAUUGUUUACCACCAAAAAUGGACGUAUUUACCACGACAGUGUCUAAGGAUUUGAACAGUGGUUGGCCUAAGCUGCUGAUGUAGCCUAAAUUGGGCCUGAAUUGCAGCUUCAUUACAAGUUGAAAUACACACCCUCAAACUAAAAGUGACAAGCAAGUGCUUGUCAUGCAAUUAAUAACCAAGUUAACCAUGUGUGUCCUUGAUUUAAGAGAUAAUUGUCUUGUUGAAUUAUUCAUUUAGAUGUUGAACUUUCUUCCAAAAAGUAAAAUCUGCAUAUCUGGACAAAUAUUUAAAGUUUACAUAAAUAAUUCUGUCCCGUUUUCUUCUACUCUUUGGAGUGGCCUUACUUUGAUGAAAAGAUAAUAAAUAAAGAAAAGUAAACUUUUUUUGUUUUGUUUUGUUUUCCUUUUUAUUGCUUUUUUUAAAACCCUCGUAUUUCCUUUAGCUUACAGCAAUGAUGACUAGCUUCUUCUUUGCCCAUAUAAAUUUCCAUUGUCCAGUUUUCCAAGUGAUUUUCCAUUUUUAUUGGGUGUAUUUAUCUGGGUUAGGUUUUCUUUGGAAUGUGUUAUAGUUAGUGUCACUUUAUUCUUUCUGAUGUUAUAAAAGCUUUCCUUGGUCCUCUUUAUUAGUUUAGGAUGGGUUUGUUUCAGUUGUGUGGACUGAAGUAAUGUGCGUCAGUGUUGUGAUGUGAUGGAAAAUGUGAAUGUUAGACUUAAUGAAGAAUGAGUAUUGCUCUAUUAUAAAACCCUCAGUGCGUGCACAUUGUGAAACUGGUCACAACCACAACUCAAGGCUCCUCUUUGUUACAGUGUAUUAACCCCUGUGAAUAAUUAACGUUAUUGGUUUAAGAGGGUCAAUGUUUCACAGCCAUUCUCUAAGCUACAUGUUCCUUGUGCCAAGUUGCUACUGUUUUUUUUUUUUUUUAAUUUUUGUGUUUUCAAAAUUUUUAAACCCCUGUGCUAUCACUAAAUCACUGCUGUAGUUAUCAAGUACAGUAUGUAAAACACUGUACUUCAUUAUUUGUGUAAUCUUUGUCAUUAUUGUAAACUGUUGUUGCCAUGUAAACAUUCCAAAUAAUGAAUUUUGUAUAAAAUAUUUACUAAGUAUUC